AUGGAUGGAUGGAAGGCACAGUUAGGGACUGCUCUGCAAAUUUGCUUCCUUCUCUUCUCAUCUUCUAUUUAUCCACGCCCAAGUUGUCCCGCCAAUUUCUCUUCCUCAUAUCAAGGAGUAUCCUAUCAAUUUACAAGCUCCAUAAAACCAAGUGAUAGUCAACCAGCUCCGAAAACGGUGCCUCCUAUUGUCCCCGUGUUCUUACGCAACUCUGCCCCAUACCAGCGCUACCUCCAAGAGGCUGCGGCCGGGGAGCUGAGUCUCCCCCGUCUCCCCCAAUACGAGGAGACCUCUACCGGAAGCAUCAUCUUGUAUCAGGGUGAAGUGUUUUGUCGACUCAGCUAUUGCAAGCAUGGCGUGAAUGCCUUUGCCGACACCAACAGCUUGCGUGCACACCUUCGCCGACACGGCGUUACAAUCGAACGUGUCCCGUUGGGCCGCAUGACACAUGCAGCUAAGGAUGCUACCACCGGCUGGUAUAAGUCUCUUUUUGACGAGGAGCAGAAUAAAAAUGAAGAAGACUGA